AUGACCCAGCAAGACCAGAUGAUGAUGCAGCAGAUGGAGCAACUGCAAAGACUUGUAAAGGAGCAACAAAAACUAAUUACUUUUAUGAACCCAGGACUGACUUUUUCUCCAGGGCUCACAUCUCAGUUAAUCCCGAGGCUGCCAAGCCUUGCACCACACAUCCCUUCCCCUUCAUUUUCUGUAGAAAUGCCUCUGAAUGGCCCCUCACAGAUGGCUGAUAAUGGAAGCAUAAAGACCGUCACUGGAACAAUGCAGUCACCUGUGCAGCAAAGUACAAGUGAAUCGUCAUGUCUCAGCUCUGACACACAAAGUACUUCUUUGCAAGCUGAAUCAAAUUUAGAUGCUGGCCCAAAAUGUCUAUCCCCAGUUCGAGAAGAGAAGGACGAAGAGUCUAAUCCAGCACCUCUUUCACCUUUUGGCGUCAGACCACGAACCGCAACCCGGGAAGACAGACCUAUUAGACCCGGUGUUGGAGAAAGACAGAAGACCUUUGAAGAAUUUGUUGAAGAACAGCUUAAGGCAGAUUCUCAGAUUGUGGAUAAGGAACAGCUGCAGCCCAGAGAGAAUACCAGUGAUAACAAGAUUGGUUCCAGAAAAUCGUUCCUGAGACGUGGAGAAGGAAUUACUAGGUUUGAAAAAAAAACUGAUAACCAGAAUAAAGAACAAAGAAGGGGAUCUCUAACUAGGAGAGUAAGCUUUGACAGCCAACAUCAAAAAUCCUUGCCUGGUAUACAAGAUACAGGAAAGGGGCAAGUUAAAAAUCAGCUCGUUUUUCAGAGACAAGUCAGUAGCAAUUCAGUUUCAGCAACUAAAGAGAACAAUUUAGAUGAUAACUUUGAUAGACCAUUAUUCUAUAAGAAAGGAGAGGUUGCUCGAAAUCAGACUCCUUCAAAUGAAUUAUUGGAACAAAGUACUGGAGAAUCUUCCGUUUUUAUAGUACAGGAUGUUCAAGACAUAGCCACGUGCACAGAAAAUGUGCCAAUGGAGAAUUGCUUAUCUACAAAUUCUAUUUCCAGCAAGUCUGGAGAUUUUGAUAAUGAUAAAAUUAGAGAAGAUCCAAAAAAAUAUGAAUGGCAAAACUCAAACCAAAGCAUAUUGGAAAAAUACAACUAUUCAGAUCUUGAUCAACAAAACGGGGCAGUUGUGAUUAGUGAUCAUAAUAGCGUGUCUGCUAAUAACACAGAUUCUGACAUAGCAGGAUUCAAGAAAGUUAAUGACAAAAUAGUUAAAGUUGCUGUAGAGUCCAGCAGAAAAUUUGACCAGGCAAAACCUAAUCAAACAGGUCAACUUCAGAGAGGAAAGAGUGUCUCACAUAGCGAAACUGACAGUACAUCCUCUGAUAGUGAUGAUGACCCCAAAUCGCUUUGCUAUAAGUUGCCUAUGCGUGUUGUACCACAGAAAGUCAAUCAAGAAGACAAGCACCUAGAUUUAUCUGACCCAGACUAUGCCAGUGAUGAUCCAAGUGAUGUAGAUGAAAAAAAGUAUUUGAAGUCUUCAGCAAAGUUUUUUUUAAGUCAACAAGAUCACUCAUUGAGUACAAGUGGUAGCGAGCACAGUGUUGAAGACUUUAGGAGAAGAGGGAGCAAAGCGUUUUCGUCAUUUAGAAAACCUUCUUUUCGACGUCCACGGACUCAGAGAGUUGAGAAGGAACCUAAUGCGAAAAGUGUAUGUGAUGUAAACACAGAGUCAGCACAGCUCCGGAACCCACCUUCCACUAGUAAUCUUGUUGUAAGUCUUUUCCCUGCUUUCAAGGCCAAGGCAGAGCUACCUGAAAUCUUGGAACCAUCAAAGAAAACAAAUGAGGUGCAAAUUGACAACUCCAUGUUGGUCAAGAUGAAAGAAGAGCAAGAAAAAGCCAUGCAAUUUCUCAGAGAACAAAUAGAUCACUUUGAGAAAAUGAAAGCAGAAGAGCUCAGCCGAUUAGAAGAACUCAAACAAGCAGAAAUUAAAAAACUACAGAAAGAAAAUGAGGAACUGGCAAGACAAGCUUCAGCCAAGGCUAUUCGAGAUAGCGAGAAAAAUGAAGAAAUUCAGAUGCUAAAGCAACAAAUAUCAGAGCUGCAAGGAGAGUUUCGCAGAAAUGAGUCCCGAUGGUCUUCAAAUCAUGAAAAUCUCAGAAGCCAGGUUGAAGCUUUGACAAAGGAGAACCAAGAAUUGCGGGUAGAUCUCAGGACCUCUGAGAGUCAACGCAUAGAAGAGAACAACAGGGAAUCUUUGGUUUCACAAGCCAUUAUACGAGGUACAUCAUUCAGAAGGUCUAUCCAAAGGUCAGGACAGAGCUCGAAUAAAAGUCGAAGCAGCACCCCAGUUGGGAGGAAAACGCCUUCUGAGAAAUUGCAGUCAUCAGAAAACCUCAUUAAAGAAAGCAACCCCAUUGAAAGACCCGAGAUUCCAAGAUCAUCAACAAGAGCAGGAGACAAGGCAUUGUCUGGAAGCUUUCAAAGCAGGAGCACUACCCCAACUGGCAGGAAAACACCAGUUCAAGGACGGCUAACACCAUUUGAGCCAGAAAAGGUUGCCGCAAUAUCCGUUCACAGUGCUCACAGGAAAUCACCUGUCACUGUAUCGCACUUCAGUGUAUUUAAGGAUCCCAAUGUGUCUGCACAUACCAAAGGAAGAAGAUCAUCCCAGUCCGGUAGUUCAGAGGAUGCUCCAUUUAGUUCUCAGGGUAAUGAAGAUUUUAUAACCACCUCGCAGAGCUCCAUCGUGGCAAAUCAGGAUGCUGAUAACAAUGUAAGAAAGGUGCAAGAACAGCAGGAACAGGUGGGAGCCUCUUCAAGAAAGAUGAGAAGUCGCAGUGUGACACCUAGUGGAAGAAAAUCCUCCAUAGAACAUUCACAAAGUGUUGAAAUAAAGAACUCUGCACCAAAGUCAAUAUUAUCAAAAAGGUCAUCAUUUGUACGUGUGGAAAAUAAGAGUAGCGAAGAGGAUAAUGUCCAAGAAGAAACCCAAUAUCCAGAUGGAAAGGUUGAGAAGCUCUUGUCAGAUGGACGCAGAAUCGUCAUUUUCUCAAAUGGAACCAAAAAAGAAAUAAGUGCAGAUGAAAAAUCUAUAACUGUAUCGUUCUUUAAUGGAGAUACUAAGAAAAUAAUGCCAGAUCAAAGCAUAGUCUAUUAUUAUGCCGAUGCUCAGACUACUCAUACAACAUACCCUAGUGGUUUAGAGGUGCUGCAAUUCCCUAAUAAACAAAUAGAAAAACACCACCCAGACGGCACUAAAGAAAUUGUUUUCCCUGAUCGGACAGUAAAACUGCUCUUUAAGGACGGUCGUGAGGAAUCAACUUUCCCAGAUGGAACUGUUGUAAAAUCAGAAAAGACUGGAAAUAAGACAGUCAUAUUCAGUAACGGACAAAAGGAAAUUCAUACUUCUCAAUAUAAACGAAGAGAGUACCCCGAUGGCACUAUAAAAACUGUUUAUUCAAACGGUCGCCAAGAAACAAAGUAUUCCUCAGGACGUGUUCGAAUUAAGGAUCAACAAGGCAAUAUUAUCCUUGAUAAAAAAUAAAUUUCUAAUUGUGACCUGUAUCCAAUUGUCUUGGCUAAUUUGUUUUAUUUUCUUCUACAAAGUACUUUUAUUUUUAAUUUAUUUAAAUUUAUCUAGCG